AAUAAAUAUUUUAAAAAGUUCGGUAAUAUCUUGAAAUUAAUAUUGAAAAAGUUAUUAAAAUAUAUAAUUAGAAAUAAAUUAGAAUAAACGGGCAUGUUUUAGUGAUGUAAAUAGUGUAGUAAGAUUAUACAGGAAGGAAUAUUUCGAAAUAGCUGCUGUGUAUUGGAAAAGCAAAACAAACCAAAACAAAUUCUAAGGUAAAUUUAAUAUUUCAUUAUAUUUUAUAGGGGUAUAGUUGUUCAAAUAAAGCUAGGGAGAAUUAAUUUCGUAGCAAUCUUUGUAUUUGCACUUUUUUUAUCAAAAAAUUAGGUUAUAGUUACUCUCAUCGUGAUUUUUCAAAAAAAUACUGGUGUGGGAAAUGAAAUAAAAGUCGAAUUUAUGCUUUAAUUAUAAUACGGAGUCAUAAUAUGAUUACAACGAUGAUAAUAAUUAUAAUAUUAUAUCAGAUACUAACAAUAAAAAGAUUAUACAAACAAGAUCAAUGCGAUUGUAAUAAAUCGAGACUAGAUAGGUAUUAAAACUCAUAAAAAGACUAGAGUGUUAUGUGAUCUUAGAUUUACAGUGCAUUUCAUUAUUCAAUUUCGAUAAAUGAUUAGAUUUAAUAAUAAAAUUAGAUUGAUUUUAUGUGUCGUAAAAAUUUAUUAUUAGAAUCAAAUACAUAAAACGAAAUUAUGUUAUAAUAUUCAUAUUUACCUUUAAUAGAUUUUUUUAAUCCACGUGGCACAUUUCAAACAGUAUUACAAUGACUAUUUUUUUAUUGUUCUAAUUUUUAUGAUCUAUAGUCGUUUCUUAACCUCACUUUUUUCUAAAGCUCAUACAAGUUUUUAUAGUAAAUUUGCAGACAUAACAGAUGUUUUACAGCUUUGUCACAUUGUAAUUUUUUUUUCAGUUACUGGCAUACAAUGAAAUAAAGAAAAUUUAAAAUUUUUGAUACGUUUUUGUAACUUAUGGAUAUGUUUUGUAUCAAUUUUAAAAAUAAUUUUUUUGAUGUCUGGUCAAGUUAUAUCCGUUUCUUAACCUCACUUUUUUCUAAAGAUUGUAAAAGCUGUUUAGUGAAUUUGCAGAUAUGAUAGAUGUUUUACAAAGUAGCCACGUUGUCAGUUUUUUCCAGUUACUGGAAUAAAAUGGAAUAAUUUAAAAUACUAAAUAAAGGAAUCAAACAUAAUUUACGUAAUUUAAUAGAUUUUUUCCACGUGGUACACAUUCCUUUUAUACUUUUCUUACAAUUCUAAUAAUUUUAUGACUACUUGAACUUUAUCUGAACUACUUUUUUAACCUCACUUUUUUUCUAGUAUUCUAGUAUACCGUUGCCACGUUGUAAUUUUUUUCCAAAAGUUAGCAUAAAAUGAAUGAAUUGAAAUUUUUAAUAUAUAUUCUCUAUAUAAAUAGUCGAUAAUACUAAAAAUAAUGAUGUAAUUUGAAAAUUAUUUAUUAUUACUUACAAAUCGGUCCAUUUUGAUUUCGUUUUUUCUCAAAUCGUGAAAAUCACUUUUUUCAAAUCACUUGAUUGUAGUUAUGAAAUUAACUGAUUAUAACGUACACUGUAAUUAAUUUGUCAUGAAAUGUGAAUUAAAACGAUUCAAAUGGGAAUUUAACAAAAAAAAAUAGAUCGUGCAACACUGUUAACGGAUGCCACGCCAUUGCCAACGAUUUUCCUAACACAUGAGGAAUUAUUUCACUUCAAUGGUAGCUAUUAUCAACACUGAAGUGAAAAUUGCUAAUUGAAUAUAUUUUUUUGUUUAUAUAAAAAAAAAUGAUUUUUUUUAUCGAAAAAUAUAUUGAAAUGCAUCAACAGACGUAGAUAUAAAAAUAAAUUUCUUCAACAACAUAGUACAUAUCCACAGUUUAAUAAAAAACGUAUUUGACUAAAACAUUUUUUUUAUAACAUUUAACAAUAAAUAAUUAGGAAAAUAGUUUCCCUAAGGGCGAAGUAAAAAACCAAAAAAAAAAUAGAAAUCUUACUAAGAGAAUAUUAUCUAAGAUAGAAAAAUUUGUAUGAAAUUUUUAAGUGUAUAUAUGUAUGAUUUCUUAAAAUGAAGGUCACAAUAGUAUAUUUACAGAGUGGUGCGAAAAAAUCGAUCCAUAAUAAUAAUUAUACAGGUGGUAUUCUGAAAAUAGACUAGGUUCUAUUCAACAAGUUCAAAACCGUGAAAAAUAGAGAUAAAGGUCCUAAAAAUAUGAAGGAUAGCUCAUUAGAUUUGGAAUUAACUCUAGAAAAAUGUUUUUGAAGCUUUUUGGUACAGUUAAAAAAUUAUUAUUAACGAUAUAAGAUGAAGGAAAAAGGUAUUUAGUUUUUCGUUAAUAACUUGAAAAAUUUUGAUAUUUCAACAAUUUUGAAAAAAGCUCGUUAAAGAGGAGGGAAUUUUCGCUAAAAAACUCGUAACUCCCAAAAUCCCAUCUCUUUUAUUUAUAAUUUUUAUUUGAGGUUGAAAAUUGGGUUUCGCGUGGCUGUUUCGGCAGAUAAAAUAAUUUUUUAUAACAUGGAAGGUCAUUUGUCAUUCAAAUGUCAAAUUUCCUCCUAUUUUACGAGCUUUUUUCAAAAUUGUUCAAAUAUCAAAAUUUUUCGAGUUAUUAACGAAAAACUAAAUACUUUUUUCUCCAUAAAUUUUUUACCUGUACCAAAAACUUUCAAAAACAUUUUUCUAGAGGUUAUUCCAAAUCUAAUGAACUAUUUUUGAAACCUUUAUUUUUAUUUAUCAUGUUUUUGAACAUGUUGACUAGGCUAUAUAUAAACAAUAAAAAAGUUUCAAAUAUAUCUUUUAAAACCCUCGUAUAUGACAUAAUUUCGUUACGUGACGUUAAUAUUUUAUGGUUUUAAAUGUAGACCAACAAAUUUUUUGAUUAAAUAAUUGGUGAAAAAUUUUUUUUAAAUCUUUCGAAUCACCCUGUACUUAAAUUCUAAUUAUUAUUACUAAUAUUACGUUAAAUUAAAUCACUUGAAAAUAUACACAACUUGUAUAUAAGUGUACAGAUUAGUGCUGACAAAGUUAUUUAGUUUUAACAUUUUAUGAUUGUACAAGCUUUUUCAUAAAAUAAAUAUUUUGAUUAAAUUUAUAGAAAUUAAAAAAAAAAUGAUAAUAGUAAGAUUAAGCUGUUUGAAAAAUGAGGAGAAUAUUAUAAUAAUGAAAGGGAAAAUAGUUUACGGGUGAUCUGAGAUUAGGAAAUGAAAGGGGUGAGUUUUUAAAGAUAAAAAACGGUUUAUGAGAAAAAGUUAUAUAGCAAAAUUGUAGUUAAUGGAAAAAUGUACAACUUAUGUAUUCACACUUUUCUCAUAUAACCUCAAAAUUUAUGUGAAAUUGAAAUAACCAAGUUUUUGAGGUUAUGUGAAUUUCCGGCAAAACUAAAAGCCCUAUGUGAAAAAGUUACGUAGCGAAGUUGUAGGUAAUAAAAAGAUCUACAACUUUUGUAUUCACACUUUUUUCACAUAACCUCAAAAUUUAUGUGAAAAAUUGAAAUAACCAAGUUUUUGAGGUUAUGUGAAAAAAGUGUGAACACAAAAGUUGUAGAUCUUCUCAUUACCAACAACUUUGCUAUUCAGCUUUUUUCCAUAGGACUUGUAGUUUUUCCAAAUAACGAGAUAAACCGUUUUUAACCCUUAAAAACCUACCCCCUUCCACUUCCCGACCUCAGAUCAUCAGUAAAUUAUGUUUCCCUUAAUUUUUAUUAUAUUCGUCCUACUUUUCCAAUUUCAUCCCACUAUUAUUAUUUUCGAUUUCAAAAAUUAACAACCCUGUUCUAUAAAUUGAUUUAUAAAAAAAAAUAGUUCUUGCAAGAAAGAUAUAUUUAACAAGUUUUAAAACACCCUGUAUUUAUUUAUUCAUUUCGUUAUAGAAAAAAUUGUACAAACUUCGAUAGAUUUCACAAACAGAAAUGAUUUUUUUAAAAAUGAACAUAACCUAAUAUUUUGAAAAACAAAUAAAAAAAACCUGAUCAUUUUUACUGUUUGUGAAUUUAAACAACGUGGUAGACUGUAAUUUAAAAAUUUUAUUAACAAAAUAUACAGUCUACACCACUGCUUUUUUUAACAUUUACUUAAUAAAAUACUUCCAAACGAAAUUUAAAAUUUUAAUUUCAAUAUUUCAGUUCGAAAGUAUUGUUUGGACACUUAUUUUUUCAUAGCCACUUAAUAUCACAAUUAUAAGAAGUCCAUCACGAUUUUAUUAUUAUCAUUAUUAUUAAGUUACUUUUUAAAAGUUAAUAUUUUUAUUCUCCUCACUAGGAGAAUCUAUUAUAUUUAUUUAUAUAAGUUAGUCAUGUUGGCAACACUAUUCUGUAGUAAGUAUCGAAGAUAUAAAUAGAUAUUUUUUUUUGAGGCAAUUUCACAACAAUUAAAUAUAUAAUAGUACGUUAAAAACAAAACAAGAACAUUUUUACGAAAUCAAAUUACCUGAAAUCGUUAUAAUGACGUAAUGUUUUUAAAUUAGGAGAAGCGUUUUAGAAAAAACCCGAAUUAAACCAAUAGAAAUCAAUUAGAAGAGUUAUAAACUAAAAAGAGAUAAAAUUUACCUUGAGAUUGAUUUAACACACAAAACUUUCAACUGUAGUAAGUCGUCUUAUAAAAUCCUCAAAACUUAUUAAGAUAUAAUAAAGUACUUUUCAAUUUAUUACGGAUAUUGAAAUAAAUAAGAAGCUAAGAAUGUCAUAAAUAACAAAAUGAAGACUGCUUACUGCGCAUGUCUCAACGCCCUCAACGUCCACCAUGUUUUUCGGCCCAAAUGUACCAACAGUACAUAUUAUGUUUAUAAAGAAAUUAGCAAUAAAACAAAUUAUAAUUAACAAUUCUCCGUUUAAUAUAAUAAUAAUUCCCCACGAUUCGAAGAUAAAAACUCUUAUACUGGUAAAUAAAAUCAAAAUAAGAUUAAAAUCGAACAUGUGCUUUUUGUUUAAGUUUACACAUGGUCUUUGGUCGAGUUUUGCUUGCGUUGUCAUUUGUCGGUUGGUGAUUCAAUUUACGUAUCUUUGUUUCUUUGCGUAAGGAUUAUUAUCGAGUAACAAGUGUACAAAAUUCAUGGCUGCCGUUUUUUAAACGUCUUCGGACUAAGAAUUUAAUAAGAAGUUUUUCGGUUUCAAUAGAUAAGGUGGUUUUUAUGAAAAUUGUGUCUAGCUCCCGAUUUUAACGAUUAUGGAUUAGAUUUUAAGGAAGUUUGUUGUUUCUGCUCGUUUGGCAUUAGAAACAAAUAUUUUCGCGUAAAUUAUUGUUUAGCUUUGUUCUUCAUGUUUCGAACUAGUAAUCUAUUAUAAACUUUGUUCGUUUCGUACUAAACAGUGUUUCAUCAAAAGGACAUUGCUUAUGCUUCAGUAAUCACAGGAGAAAACUAAAAUGAUGUCCCAAAGUAUGCAAGAAGAAGCUAAACUCGAUGCCAUGCAACGCCAUUGGCAAUCACUUCGUCGCGGAACACCUUCUUCAAAUAUAUUAUUUGAAGAUGUUAUUGAGACUGAUAAUAUAUUAGCUUUACCGAUUCAAAAUUCUCAUGUUGAAUCUCAGAUUGGGGCUUGCGCGCCAAUUCUGAAGAGUUUGAGCUGUGAUUUGGAUAGUGAUUCGGAAUUUAUCGAUAUUCAUGACUGUAACGUUACCCCCAAGUCCCCGUUCCAAAUUCCCGAAACCGAGGAACCAAUAAAAGGUCCUUUAAAACUAGACGCCUCCUCUUUAGGAGACAUACCGGGGCAAUACACAAUCUGUGCCCUGGAACCCCAUCAACUACCGGUCGUCGGGGUAUAUAUCGACCCCCGAGUGGUACCCGGUUUCAAAUACCUUGUCAGACCCCUACCCGAAGUCGGUAAACCAUCCACGAUGAACAAAUGCCUUUUCAACGGCAAAGCUUUGACAUUAACGUCUAUCGGUAGGGGAUACGCCAGACGAUUCACUUUCGAAUCCGAUAAAUUCAUCGGCAACGACAACUAUUUCUGGAGCGAUAACCGACCCGAAGGUUACGCCUUCGAAUUGGAGCUACUCUCCGAAGGCGACAAAUUCACUUUCUUCAACCCCAACGGAGAACCCGAAGGCACCGUCGAAGUACUUUCGAUCGAGGGUCCCCAAACAGAAAUUUUUAGCUCGUUUAAAAACGGCCUCGUAGAUAAGAGGGCGACCGUUACUUUUACCGGUAAAGUCGAAUAUUACGAAACCGGCGUUGCCAAACCGGUGCUCCUUUCCGGGACGAUUCUGUCUCGAAAAUUGAAAAACAAACCGCGCGCCGAGAUACUUAAAAUCAGUCGCGUGAAUAUCAGAAGACACAGAUAUUAUUUGUUACCCGGUAUACAAAAAAUCCACAGGAGAUUCACCGUUAGAGGGGACAGUAUCAACGACGUUCCCACCAAGUACACCAUGACCGGUUUGGAGUCGUACGAGAUCCCGGUUGUUGGUACUUACGUCGAUCCUCGUAUAAUACCGGGAUUUUUCUAUAAAGUGAGACCGAACGAUAGGAGGAAUCACCUUUUCGGAGGUAGAGCUUUGAGGUUGUUGAGCAUAGGGAUGGGGUACGCUAAGAGGCUCACUUUCCAGCCGGAUUCUCUCGUCGAACCUGAUAAUUAUUUGUGGUCGGAUAGUCAUCCGGACGGUUUGGGUCUGGAACCCAGGGCGGUGCAUAAAGGGAUGAAAUUCGUUUUGGAAUCCGGCGAUGUGGUGCUUGGGGAAGCGACAGUUUUUAGGGAUGAUUUGCCUCAAGUCGAAGAACAUAUGGAGAGGAUAAAGACUCCUAACGGCGAAGCUGUCCAAAAAUACAUUUUCAUCGACGUGUUAUGUCACAUCCGUUUAGCCAGAACCGGCGGCGCCUCAACCGAAAACGAAGAACAUCUGAUGAGGGUAACGGGAUUAGCUGUCGUUCGAAAAGAACCGAAAGCUUCCGAAGCGAACGUUAUAAGAAUAGAAAAUAUCGGUUUCGAUUCGCAAUUACUCAUUUUAUUCGCUAGAACGUACCCCGAUCUCACUUUAGUUCCAAAAAUUUAUUGAAUGCAAUAAGUCGCUCCCGACCUGGCAACUAUGUUUUAUAUUAAAAUUUAUUUUGCGCGUGCGUCUCGAUGAAGAUAAAUUUGUUUUUAUUUCAUGAUAAGAAAUUUGAUGAUAUACUGUAAUGGUUGUUGUAAAUUAAUUGUGACUUUACUUGUAUAUAUAUAUUUGUUAUAUUUUUUUUAAUAAUAAAAUAUUUAAAACG